CAACCACUCUUUCUUCCACACACUUCUUCUUCUUCUUCUUCAUCUCUCUCUCUCUCUCUCUCUGAAAAUGGAUCCAGUAAACGACUGGGGCAACACCCCCCUGAACGCCGUGGACCCAGAGAUCCACGACCUGAUCGAGAAGGAGAAGCGUCGCCAAUGCCGCGGCAUCGAGCUGAUCGCGUCGGAGAAUUUCACCUCCUUCGCCGUCAUCGAGGCACUCGGCAGCGCCCUCACCAACAAAUACUCCGAAGGAAUGCCCGGCAACCGCUACUACGGCGGCAACGAGUUCAUCGACGAGAUCGAGAAUCUCUGCCGCGCACGCGCCCUCAAGGCGUUUCACCUCGACGCGUCUCAAUGGGGCGUCAAUGUCCAACCCUACUCCGGCUCCCCCGCCAACUUCGCCGCCUACACCGCCGUCCUCAACCCCCACGACCGCAUCAUGGGCCUUGACCUCCCCUCCGGCGGUCACUUGACCCAUGGAUACUACACCUCCGGCGGCAAGAAGAUCUCGGCCACGUCGAUCUACUUCGAGUCUCUUCCCUACAAGGUGAACAACACAACUGGUUACAUUGAUUACGAUAAGCUGGAGGAGAAGGCCUUGGAUUUCAGGCCGAGGUUGAUCAUCUGCGGUGGGAGUGCUUAUCCUAGGGACUGGGACUACGCCAGGUUCAGGUCUGUGGCUGAUAAGUGCGGUGCGCUUUUGCUUUGCGACAUGGCUCACAUCAGUGGCCUUGUUUGUGCUCAGGAAGCUGCAAAUCCAUUUGAGUUCUGUGACAUUGUCACAACCACAACCCACAAGAGCUUGAGGGGACCUAGGGCUGGUAUGAUCUUUUACAGGAAGGGGCCUAAGCCACCGAAGAAGGGCCAGCCAGAGGGUGCAGAAUAUGAUUUUGAAGACAAGAUCAACUUUUCUGUUUUCCCCUCACUUCAGGGUGGUCCUCAUAAUCACCAGAUUGGUGCUCUCGCUGUUGCUCUCAAGCAGGCCAUGACACCUGGGUUCAAAGCCUAUGCAAAACAAGUCAAGGCCAAUGCUGUUGCCCUUGGAAAGUAUCUGAUGAGCAAGGAUUACAAGCUUGUCACAGGAGGAACCGAGAACCACCUUGUUCUGUGGGAUCUCAGGCCUCUUGGGUUGACUGGCAACAAGGUUGAGAAGCUUUGUGACCUAGCAAACAUUACUGUCAACAAGAAUGCUGUUUUUGGUGACAGCAGUGCCUUGGCUCCUGGAGGAGUAAGAAUUGGUACUCCAGCCAUGACUUCAAGAGGUUUGCUUGAGAAGGACUUUGAGAAGAUUGGUGAGUUUCUUCAUAGGGCUGUGACCCUCACAUUGAAGAUCCAGAAGGAAUAUGGAAAGCUACUGAAAGACUUCAACAAGGGGUUGGUGAACAACAAGGAAAUUGAAGAACUCAAGGCUGAUGUUGAAAAGUUCUCCUCCUUAUUUGACAUGCCUGGUUUCGUGAUGUCUGAAAUGAAGUACAAGGAUUGAUUAGGUUAAUCAAGAAUCCAAUAUUUUCAAUAUUGUGAUAAAUAUAUCGAGCCCUUGGAAUCAAGGCACCUCACAAUAUAUUUACUGUCGGAAAAGGGAAAAAGAAAAAGCUUCGUCUUGCUUUGUUGUUUUCAGAUGUUUGUUUUGGUUCCCAUUUUCCAUUCUCCUUUGUAUUUGACAUGUUGCUCCCACAAAUAAACCAAGAAUAUUAUUGUUUUUUGAAUU